AUGGGUCAACGAAACAGUCAAGAUUUUGAAAAUCAUCAUACGAAUAAUUCGGAGGAAAUAUUCACAAUUCACCAUAAUAAUAUGGUGAAAGCAAAACAGAAGAAAAAAUUUGUGAAACUCCAACGACAAGAAAUAUUUUCAGAUGAUAUUUGUUUUGAAAUAAUUUCAAUGAUUGAUGAUUCGUGGUUUAUUUUAAAUAAUUGCGCUUUAAUUUCAAAACAAUUCUUUAAUGUGAUCAAGGAACGUUCAAAACUUGUUAUUCAAUUUAAAAACAAAUUUACAAAGAAAAGAAUUAAAUUAUUCAAGAAAAGUCAAUUUAGGAAUAGUAUUGUUAAUGUUGAAUUUUCUGGAUAUUUGCUUGGCUCGAGAGAAAGAGUCAAAUUCAUUAGUGAAAUGAAACAAUUGACAUCACUUGAUAUUUCUCACAAUCUAAUUGGUUAUGAAGGAGCCAAAUAUAUAAGUGAAAUGAAACAACUAACAUCACUUAAUAUAUAUUACAAUCAAAUUAGUGAUAAAGGAGCCAAAUAUAUAAGUGAAAUGAAACAAUUAAUAUUACUUAAUAUUGGUAGCAAUCGAAUUGGUGAUGAAGGAGCCAAAUACAUCAGUGAAAUGAAACAAUUAACAUCACUUAAUGUUUCUAACAAUGAAAUUCGUGAUGAAGGAGCUAAAUUCAUCAGUGAAAUGAAACAAUUGACAUCACUUAAUGUUUAUAAGAAUCGAAUUAGUGUAGAGGGAGCCAAAUAUAUAAGUGAAAUGAAACAAUUAAUAUUACUUAAUAUUGGUAGCAAUCGAAUUAGUGAUGAAGGAGCCAAAUACAUCAGUGAAAUGAAACAAUUAACAUCGCUUCACACAACAAAUUAG